AUGUCUCCUACACUCAAACAAGAUACUGCUUCUGCUACUGCCACUGUCACCGGCGCCACACAAACAUCCACUUCCAGAGGAUAUGAUAUGGGUACAAGAGGCUCACACAAUAUUGCUAAAGGUGGUGCUCACCCAUUUCCAGUACCCAAGUUUACCAAUAAGAAAGAAGAAAGACAAUGGGCCUUGCAACAUAUGGCAGCUGCAUUCAGAGUGUUUGCAAGGAAGGGAUACACUGAAGGUACUGCAGGACAUAUCUCAAUACGUGACCCCGUAGACCCUGACACAUUCUGGAUCAACCCUUUGGGAAAGCAUUUCGGGUUAAUGAAAGCCAGUGAUAUGGUUCACGUCGAUGAGGAUGGAAAUUUGUUACCUGAUGGUAACCAAAUAGCCUUGAAUGCAGCGGGGUUUGCUAUUCAUUCUGCAAUCCAUAAAUUACGUCCUGAUGUCAAUGCUGCUUGCCAUACCCACUCCAUCUAUGGUAAAGCUUUUGGAGCUUUGGGCAAGAAAUUGGACAUGAUCAAUCAAGAUGUUUGUACUUUCCACAACAGCCAUGCAAUUUACACCGAUUUUGGAGGUGUGGCUUUGGAAGCCGAAGAAGGUAAAAAGAUUGCCGCUGCUUUGGGUAAUGGCAAGGGAAUUAUUCUACAAAAUCACGGUUUGUUAACAGUCGGCUCCACAGUGGAUGAGGCCGCAUAUUUGUUUACAUUGUUGGAAAAGUCCUGCCAGAUCCAAUUGGCUGCUCAGCUGGCAUUGUUACCGGGAGAGUCAUUGAAGACGAUUGGUGAUGAAGAGGCUGCUUAUUGCGAACAUCAUGAUGGUGAUCCUGAAACAUUGUAUACUGAAUUCCAACCGGAAUAUGAGAUGGAAUUGCACUUGGAUAACAGUUUUUUGAAGUAG